AUGCACUUAUUUCCUUCAUCCCACGCAACUGAAACUAUUCCUUCUUCUUCUUCUUUUCUUUUCUCUUCUUCUUCUUCCUCUUCUUCUUCUUCUUCUUCUUCUAUAGAUUCUUUUUUUCCCCAAUUAUUCUUUUGUUGCUGUCGAGAUACGUACACGCAUACGCACACACAUAACCACACACAUUCUCUCUCUUUCUUUCUUUCUUUCCUUCUUUCUUUCCUUCUUUCUUUCUUUCUCCCAUCUCUCUCUUUAUCCCUCUCUCUUUCUCUCGAUUUCUUCCCCUCCCUCUCACUUUCUCCUUCUCUCUUUCUUUCUCCCCUCUCUCUUUCCCCCCUCUCUCUCUCUCUCUUUUUCUCUCGCUUUCCCCCUCUCUCAUCAUCCUCCUCUCUGACUCUUUUCCCCUCUCACUUUCUUCUUAGCUCUCUCUCCCCUCUCCCUUUAUGCAUCUUCCUCUCUUUAUGCCUCUUUCUUUUUCUCCCCACUCUCUCGGUUGCUCCUCACUCUCUCUUUAUCCCUCUCUUUCUCUCCUCCCUCUCACUUUCUUCCUCUCUCUAUCUUUCUUUCUCCCCUCGCUCUCUCUCUCCAUCUUUCUCUCUCUUUCUUCCCCUAGUUCUUUCUCUUCACUUUCUCUCUUCUCCCCUCUGGUUUUCUCUUCUCUCACUCUAUCCCCUCUCUCUUUCUCCCAUCCUCGUUCUUUCUGCUCCUCUCCAUUUCUCCUCUCUCUUUUUCUUCUCCUCGCUCUCUCUUUCUCCUUCCCUAUCCCCCUCACGCACAUAUGUGUAUGCGCAUGUGAUAUAA